CUUCAUGUCUGGCUAUUCUGCAAUUCCAUAUCAAACGUUCCAUAGUUAUUUGACUUAAUAGACGGUAAAUAAGCAAUUAGUCGCUUAUCAACUUUAAACAGUUUAAUUAUACCCUGUAGACUUCAAAGAAAAAGAAGACACUAACUUGUAGCUACUGGGAACAUUAAUUAGCUCAAUGGUGAGCUUCUCUGGGACUUUCGUCCGCACUGUAUACUAGCAAAUGAAACAAAGGAUUUGGUACCGGGAACUUGGUGCUGUCAAUCAAUAUCAAACGAUCAUCAAAAUAGCGUCGAACAGAAGGCCUUGCGCAGCAGGUAACAAAAGAGAGCGAAUCUGCGCACCAGAAUAAUUUGCAUGAUUUCCUUCGACAAAAAAAGCUUGUUAAAAUGUUUUUUUCACAAAUUAGCUAACGUCCUCAACAUAUCCAGCCAAAAGAAACGAUGGAAACAAUAAAAGACUUAUAAGCCUCCUUUUCAUCAAAUAAAUUAAAACUCAAGAACCAAGAAUGCUCAGAACAUGCAAACGAAAGAUUGUGAUGCUACCGUUUACGACUAAAACUACAGGUAAACAGUUACUUAUAAGAUGUUUACAAGCUUAAGAGUGGAAAUUAAACCACGAAUGUGUAACAAAAGGUUCUAAACAGGUGGUAAAAUAAUUAUUUUAACACAAUAGCGUUUUUAAAAGGUCAAAGGAACCCGACUUUUGUAUCUAUGGCUAUUUCAGAAGCUCUUUGGUAGUGCAAUUCUGCUAUUUCAUAACACACGUGGCCUAGGUUAUUUGACUUGAUGGGUGGUAAUAAAAACUUUAACGCUCAAUAUUUUGGAACAAGUACCUAUGGUUAUUUCACUUUAUUCUAAAACAUUAAAACAAUGUUAUUUUGAAGCGAGCUUGCUAUUGGUUGUUUGGUUCUAGCAAAGUAAAGAACCAAUCAUAAACUGGGAACUGAUUGACAUACUCAUUCUCCGCUCAAGAAGAAAGAAAACAUCUAAGCCUGUGUGAGGAGAAAAUGAUUUUUAAUGUAAGCAGUAAUAGAAGGGUUUAUAAACAACGGACUCUUCAAAUGCUAACUUAUCAGUUCUCAUUGAAAGCCCUACCUACCGUUCAGUUCCAAGUCUAGACAAUGAUACCGUUGAAACUCGCUGAAGUUAUUUGUCUGGUGUAUUUAACCAUUUUCGUUAGCGCUGGUAAAAAGCCACAAAUUUGCCAGACUGUUCUUCAAAAGUUGAACAAGCUGGAAUGCCCAAGUCAAGCGACGGACAACUGCGACCACCAUGGUCCAAGUUCAUGCAAAGAGAUCUAUGACAACGAUCACCCAACCGAAAACAAAGCAUACAUGCUCCAGUUUGGUUAUAAGAAGCUUCCUGUCUACUGCUACAUGGUUGGCGAUGACCUUGGCGAAUGUGGUGGCGGAGGAUGGACGCUGGUCAUGAAAAUUGACGGCGCUAAGGUACAAUGUAACCGUUUACUUUGCGAAUAGAUCUCAACAUAGUCCAAAUUUUACAGUUACGCAGUUAACUAAAAUCAAUAUUUGACCUAGAAAUUUUCUAACUGUGUUUAAAGAAGAUUUAGAGUGGAGUCGUCAAUGGUAGGGUUGUUUAUUCUCUAAGCGAAGACGUUAAUACAUUCCGUCUUUGUUUUCUUCGACGUUACAGCCAGUUUAAUUCAACUCCAUAGACACAUCAUGCAUUUAGCAAGU